AUGAAAAAUUUAUUAAUUGUUUCCGAAUCUAAUAGAGUUUCAUUAAAAGUUAGAAAUUUAACAAUUGAAGUUUUGGAGAAAAAGAAGAAACAAAUUGAUACAGAAAGUAACUAUGAUAUACCUAAAAUAUUAAAUAAUGUUUCAUUUGAUUUACCAUGUGGAGAAAUCAUGGCUAUCAUGGGAGGAAGUGGAAGUGGUAAGACUACUUUAUUAAAUACAUUAUUAGGUAGAAUCAAUUUCAAAAAUAAAAAAUUAAAGUUUACUGGUAUUGUAAAUUAUUCAACCAUUUCGAAUUUGAAACAUAUCAAUAGUUCAUAUUUAUUACAAGAUGAUAUUUUUUUACCUGGAUUAACAGUUUUUGAAAUUUUAAAAUUUCAAGCAGAAUUAAAACAACCUAAUGCUAGUAAAGAUGAACAAUUGGAAUAUAUUGAAUAUUUACUAAACAUUUUGGAAAUAGAACAUUUAAGAGAUACUAUUGUCAUGUCAUUUUCUAAAAAGAUAUCAUUAUCAGGUGGUGAACAAAGACGAUUGUCAAUAGCAAUUAUAUUGUUGGAUCAACCUACUAUUUUAGCUUUAGAUGAACCAACAACAGGUUUAGAUUCUUUGAGUUCUUUAACAUUAAUGAGAUUACUUAGAAAACUAGCGAGUCCAGAAAUUGGAAUUACUAUUAUACUAUCUAUUCAUCAACCAAGGGUUGAAGUUACACAAUUAUUUGAUAAAGUGUGUUUAUUAACCAUGGGUGGAAGAAUGAUUUAUUAUGGAACACCAAGUAAUAUGAUAACAUAUUUUAAAGAACUAGAUUUUUUAAAAAUAGAUUCUGAAACUAAAUCAUCUAAUUAUAUUGAUUAUAUAAUGAAAUUAGCAGUCAAGGACAUGUCAACUAAAACAAGUGAAAUCAAAAAUGAAGAAAGAAUCAAAAAGUUAGUUGAAAAUUGGGAUGAAACAAAAUCUUGGUCAAACAUUGAAUCUUCUCAACCUCUAUCAGAACUACCCAAAUUAUUUAUACGACCGAGGAAGAAUAAAGUACCUUUCUUCAUCGAAUUAUGGAUUCAUAUUAAGCGAACUUUUUUAAUAACUUCAAGGGAUAGGUUAAUCUUAUUAUCAAUGAAUGGUGGAAGUGCAAUUGUUGCAGCAAUAGCAGGUUGGAUAUUUUAUAAACCAAUACCAAACUUAUCAGGUAUAAGAUCAUUAACUUCAGUACUUUAUGUAAUGAUGGAAUUCCUAGCUUUUACUCCAGUUUUUGUUGAACUUGAAAAAUUAUGGCAAUUUGAUGGUAGAAAUUAUAUUAGAGAAUAUAGACAACAUAAUGUAACUCCUAUAAUUUUUAUUUUAUCAAGAUUUAUAACUAUAUCUAUUUUGGAAACUAUACCUAUUGGUGCUAUCUUUGCAGCAAUAACUUAUUUCAUGUGGGGAUUAAGAUCAGGUGUUGGACAUUUUUUUAUAUAUUUUAUUAUUUCAAUUUUAAUUACUUUAAUUGGUAUGUCUGUUGGAAUGUUAUGUUUUGCAAUAGGGAAUGAUUUUGCAUUAUCUACAAUGUAUUUAAAUUUUAUUUAUCAAUUAUUAAAUAGUUCAUGUGGAUAUUUUGUAAUACAUCCAUUAGGUUGGAUUAGAUGGACUAAAUAUAUUUCUUAUUUUUGGUAUGGAUUUGGUGCAUCAAGUGCAAAUCAAUUCACUAAUUGGGUGGGGGAUUGUCCUUUUAAGACUGGUGAUGAAAGAUGUGUGCAAUAUACAGGUAAUUAUCAAUUAAAAUUAUUAGAUCUUCCUAAAGGUUGGAUUGCAGAACCAAUUGGAAUUUUGAUAGCUUGGUUAUUUGGAUUUUAUUUAUUAGCUUGGAUUGCAUUAAGUUUUAGAUCUUAUGAUACACAAAUGUCAAAAAGUGUUGAAAAUAAAAUUGGAAAUGAUGAAGAGUCUGAUAUAGAGAUUAAUAUUGAUUCAGAGAAAACAAUACUGAAUCAAGAACCAAUAGCUAAAACUAAAGAUGCAUCUUCAUUCAAUAUAAGGCUUGAUCAUAUAAAUUUACAAACCAAUUCACAAACACCUACUUGGAUUUUACAAGAUAUAAAUGCAUCAUUCCAAUCAUCAUCUUUAAAUGUCAUUAUAGGUCCAUCAGGUAGUGGUAAGACAUCUUUACUAAAACUAUUAUCAAAUAGAUUGCCUAGUGGAUUAGUAUCUGAUGGAAAUUUUUUAUCAAUAAAUUCAAUUCAACCAUUAAGUCCAAAAGAACUAUCAAAUAUAUCAUCUUUUGUUGCUCAAAAUGAUUCAAGUUUAAUCCCGACUUUAUCAGUUAGAGAAACAUUAUAUUAUCAAGCAAAAUUACGUUUACCUCCAUCAGAUCAAGAUCAUAUCCCAUCAAUUGUAAAUUCAUUAAUUAGAAAAGUUGGACUAAUUGAUUGUGCAGAUAGAAUGAUUGGAUCAGAAUUUACAAAAGGUAUAUCAGGAGGUGAAAAAAGAAGAACAUCAAUUGCUAUUCAAUUAUUAUCUCGUCAUAGUAUAAUGUUUUUAGAUGAACCAACAUCAGGAUUAGAUUCACAAACUGCUUUAUCAAUAUUAAAGAUGUUAAAAAAUUUAGCACAAAUUGAAGGUACUACUAUUAUUACUACUAUCCAUCAACCUAAUGAAGAUAUGAUUGAUUUAUUUGAUAGAUUAUUAAUUUUAAAUCAUGGAAAAGUUUUAUUUGAUGGGAUGAAAUCUCAAUUAGUUGGUUAUUUGCAAUUUAAUGGAUUUUCAGUAGAAACAAACAUUAUCAAUUGUAUUUUGGAUAAUUUAGCUUCAGGAUUUAACUUUUUACCAAUUGAAUAUCCAAUACUUGAAGAGAAAAAACAAAUAGAUUUGAGAAGUUAUCAAGUUAAACGUGUUCCGUUUCCCAUAGUAUUAUCAACAUUAACCAAAAGACAAUUUAUAACAACAUGGAGAUCAGUUGAUAUAUUAUUUACAAGAAUUAUUCAAGUCAUUUUAUUAGGAGUAGUUCAUGUUAUUUAUUUCACUCCUUUAAAAAAUAAUCAAGCAGGUAUACAAAAUAGAUUAGGUUUAAUUCAAGAAGUUUUAAAUUUAUAUUUUAUUGGAUUGAUUAAUAAUAUUUCAUUAUAUCCAAAGGAAAGAGAUAUUUUUUAUCAAGAAUAUAAAGAUGGAUUAUAUGGUGUAAACGAAUUUAUAUUAUCUUAUUUAAUUAAUGAAUUACCUGGAGAAAUUAUACCUACAUUAAUAUUUAGUGCUUUAAUUGUAUUUCCAAUUGGAUUACCAAGAAAUCCAGCAAUGUAUUUUGGAAUGUUUUUUUCAUGUUUUGCAUCUAUAAAUAUUGGAGAAUCAUUAGGUAUUAUAAUGUUAAGUAUAUUUGAUCAUUUAGGAGUAGCUACAAAUAUCUUGGGGAUUUUAAUGACAAUUGCAGUAUUUAUGGCAGGUACAAUGAGUUUACAAAUGCCUAUUUUUUUCAGAGCUUGGAAUUGGAUUAAUCCUUUAAAAUAUGCAGUUGGAAUAUGUGCAAAAUUAGGUUUUCAAAAUCAAAUUUUUGAAUAUAACAACAGUGGUACGGAAGCAAUAUUAAAUACUGGUAAAAAGGUAUUAGAAUAUUAUAAUUUAAAUCAUAAUUUAAAAGUUUAUUUUAGUGCAUUGAUUAUAUGUUUAAUUAUUUAUAGAAUUAUAGCGAUAUUGAUUUUAACUAUUAGAGUUAAAACACUUUUAUAA